CUUCAACAUUUAAAAAUUUCAGACGCUCGUUCUCAUUUCUGUCGAAGAUAUGGCUGGGGAAAUAUUUAAUCCUCGUUUCUUAAUCGUCAGUUUAGGCAAUCAAGCCCCAUACUACGAUUGUCUCCAUUCCGCUGGUCAUUUCGCCCUCGCUUCGUUACAAAGGUUACUUGGACCAUCACAACCCUCGUUUACACCAGAACGAUAUGGCGGGCAAAAAUGCUUAGCCUCGACAGACUACAAAUAUACUCUGGUACAGAGCCCGACCCAGAUGAAUGUUUCGGGUCCUUGGUUUGCGAAAACGUGGAGGGAAAUGCUACAGCGCCAUCAAUUGCAACCCGCGAACUUAAGUUUAGUACUAGUUCACGAUGAUCUAGAAGAGGAACCAGGUCGAGUAAGGAUACGCGACUGGAAAGCAAGUCAUCGGGGACAUAACGGCAUUAAAGAUAUCAAUCGGGUUAUUAAACCGGCCUCCUUCAAUGGUGCACGUUGGUCGCGUAUCUCAGUCGGGAUCGGCCGGCCCGUACACAGGGAUCAAAACGCUGUCUCGAGUUAUGUGCUGAGAAAACUGAACAGAUCCGAGAGGGAUAUGAUGGAAGAAGAGGUCGGCCCAAGCGUACUUGAAUGUCUGCACAAGUUAGAAGAGAAGUGGGCAGCAGAGCACACUAAAACCUUAUCAUAAUCACCGUGGUAAGGUUUUACUGCAUACCAGGUAUUGCGACCGCGAACUUCGCUGCAUCGGAGUUUACGUACUAGGAUGCGUUAAGUUACCAUAUGACCGACAGAUACCGGUUUUGAUGAAAUUAUUGAACUUGCUUGCUCUUUACGG